AUGGAUUUGGGGAGCCAUUUCCUCUUCCCGGUGAGGAGACAUGCCCAGUACUGUGAUGGGGUGCAAGUGGGGAGUGUUGAGAGGAAUGUGGAGGGGAGUCAGGGGUCUGUGGCCUCAGUUGAGGAGGAUCAGGAUAAGGACAUGUUAGCAGCUGUACAUAGCAAACUCAUUUGGAUUAAAUUGGCUUUGAGGCGAGCCUUGCAUUUCGUUUUCAAAGUGGGUGACAAAAGCAAAACGGACACCUUUUACCGAGAUGUGCUCGGCAUGAAGAUUUUGUGUCACAAAGUGAUCUACAAUUACGGAGUGGGAGGAUAUCGCCUAGGCAAUGACUUCCUCGGUUUGACUCUGCAGUCUAGCCAGGCUGUCAGCAAUGGUAAGCGGCUUGCUUGGCCCCUCACUGACGUUGGAAAGGGCCUCUAUCUGGCUGAGGCUCCAGGAGGUUAUCGCUUCUACCUGGUGGACAAAGAUCAGCCUCCCAAUGAUCCUGUACAGAUGGUGUGUCUGGCAGGGUCUGACCUGCAGAAAUCAAUUCACUGCUGCUCCUCCCUUCUGGGGAUGAAGGUGAAAGAGAGAAAUGAGGAGAAGAAGACUGUGCUGAUGGGAUUCACAGACACUCAGUGUAAACUACAGCUUCACAACAUUGUUGGGGCAGUAGAUCAUGGGACAGCCUUCGGGCGGAUAGCAUUCUCCUGUCCACGUGAGCAGUUGGCAGAUCUUGAAGCCCUGAUGAAGAAGUGAAACCACAAAAUCCUUACUAUCUUGGACCUGGACACCCCUGGAAAGAAUACGGUAGAAGGGGUCAGUUGGCCUGAUUCAGAUGCUCAUGAGAUCUGCGUUGUUGUUUGA